AUGGAAGAAAGUGAGGAACCUGAACAGCCUAUAUCAUUAGGGAGGCAGGAAUAUAGAAGGAGAAGACGACCCAGCCAACCGAUGGUAGAUAAGUCCCAGCAAACUGAAAUAACAGAAAAAAAGAAAGCCAUGGCUGCAGUACAACCUUCUGCUCCUAAAGCUACCCAUAGUAUUGGUAAUAUUCCUGGAAGUAAAGACAACUACUCUGGAAAAGAAUAUGAGUCUCUUAGACUGUCCUCUCAACUUCAGCAAACUUGGAUGAAGAGAAAGCAUGGUCAAGAAAUGACUGACAAAUCUUUUCAGACAGACACUUCUGUGGAAGACAAAGUUUUAUUCAUUGAUAAAACACUUACACUUGAAGAAAACACAGCUGGUGUUGGAGAAACAGCUCCUGAAUUGCCACAGAGUAUUCCAGAAGUAGAGAUUCCAACAGGCAGACCCACCAGUCAUUUAAUAGACAGAUCACAGCAGACCAGCUGUACUGGUGACUGGAGUCUGAUAAACAUUUGCCCGAAAGAUAAAGUGGACAAAGAACAACAGACCUACUUCAGUGAGUUAGAAUUUACUAUCAGGUCUAUGGCAGGUAGCUCCCCGACUAAGUCAAAGGAAGAAACAAUGCCCAUUGCACAAGAAGGUUCUUUGGUUGAAAUAAAUGGUUCUCUCAAAAUAGAGGUAGUGUCAACUGAAAAUAUCCCUGAGGCCAUGAUGUCUUUCACUGAAGGUGAGAUUUCUGGUGAAUUACAGGCUCUACCAGCUGAUGACACAACAGGUAAAGCAGAGCGCUUUACAGAGCAGACCCCUGUCCAAGCAUCAUCUCCAGCUGAAGAGACCUCUGCAGCUGAGAUAGCCACUACAACUGCAAAAGACAUUGUAGACAUACAGGCUCCACCAGCUGAUGAGUUUUCUUCUAUAGAGCCCCCUGCUGACAUUAGUCUUCCAUUAGUGCAAGGGGCUCUUUCAGACAAGUCUUCUGAGCAACAGUAUCCCCAAGGAACUGAAGUGGCUCCUUCAGAACUUCCUGUUGAAGAUAUGGUUCCCCCCACAGAAGAGGUGCUUGAGAAAGUUCAGUCUUCAGCAAUUGACACUAUGCUUGAAGACUCAGGUAGAACAGAGUCUACUACUGCUGAAGAGACAACUGGUGAAGUUCAGCCUCUGUCUGAAGAGUCUUCUAAAGAUGUACCUGCUGAAGUUCAUUUACCAAUAGUUGCAGGCUCUGCAGAAAUUGUUAUUGUAAUAGAUAAGAAAUUUGCUAUUGAUGAAGUCUUUGAAGAUGAUCAGCCUCCAAUAAUUGAGGAAGUCUCUGCAAAUGAGUUUACUGCAGAAGUUCAGCCUCCAUCAGCAGAGGAUGCUUCUGAAGAAGUGGCUCCUUCAGAAGUUCUUCCUCCACCAACUGAACAGGGCACUCUAGAAGACAUGACUGCAGAAGUUCCACCUCCACCAGCUGAGGAGGGCCCAAUAGAAGUUUCACCUCUACCAACUGAGGAGGGCCCUGCAGAAGUUCCACCUUCAGCAACUGAAGAGGGCCCUGCAGAAGUUUCACCUUCAGCAACUGAAGAGGGUCCUGCAGAAGUACUUCCUCCACCAGUUGAGGAGAGCCCUGCAGAAGUUCCACCUCCUCUAACUGAAGAGGGCCCUGCAGAAGUUCCACCUGCACCAGCUGAGGAGGCCCCUGCAGAAGUUCUACCUCCACCAGCUGAGGAGGCCCCUGCAGAAGUUCUACCUCCACCAGCUGAGGAGACCUCUGCAGAAGUGCCACCUCCACCAGCUGAGGAGGGCCCUGCAGAAGUGCCACCUCCAGUAACUGAGGAAGCCCCUGCAGAUGUCCCACCUCCACCAGCUGAGGAGGCCCCUGCAGAAGUGCCACCUCCACCAGCUGAGGAGGGCCCUUCAGAAGUGCCACCUCCAGUAACUGAGGAAGCCCCUGCAGAUGUCCCACCUCCACCAGCUGAGGAGGCCCCUGCAGAAGUUCUACCUCCACCAGCUGAAGAGGGCCCUGCAGAAGUGCCACCUCCAGUAACUGAGGAAGCCCCUGCAGAUGUCCCACCUCCACCAGCUGAGGAGGCCCCUGCAGAAGUUCUACCUCCACCAGCUGAGGAGGCCGCUGCAGAAGUGCCACCUCCACCAGCUGAGGAGGGCCCUGCAGAAGUGCCACCUCCAGUAACUGAGGAAAGCCCUGCACAAGAAGUCCCCACAGAGGUUCAGCAUCCACAAGCUAAGAAAAGUCCUGCAGAGGUCAUACCUUUAUCAGGUGAGUCCCCUGCUGAACAGGCUUCUGCAGAAGUUCAGCCUCCAUCCUUUGAGAAGACUCCUUUAGAAAGUAUUCCUCUAGAAGAAGUUGUGAUUCCACAAGCUGAGGAGGUCCCUUUAGAUGAUUUAUCAGUUGAAGUGCAACCUCUGCCAGCUGAGGAGGACAUUGCAGUAGGUGUCCCAGCUGAAGUUCAGACUCUUCCAGCUGAUGAAUACCCUGUAGGAGAGGACACGGUUGAAGUCCAGCCUUCAUCAUUUGAGGCUGCUCCAAGAGAAGAAAACCACGUUGAAGCUCAGCUUCCAGCAGCUGAGGCAGAUACUGCAGAAGCUUCUGCAGUUCAUCCUUCAUUAGCUCCUACAGAUGAGGCUCCUACAGAAAUUCAGGUUCUACAAAUUGAGGAUACUCCCACCGAAGUGGCACCAGUUGAAGAUCAGCCUCUACCAGCUGAGGAGGUCUUUCCAAAAGUGGUCCCAGAAGAAGAAGCCUCUGCAGCUGAAGUUAGGUCUCCUUUAUCUGAGGGGAUUCCUGCAGAAGAAACCAUUGUGGAAAUACAAUUGACAUUUGUUGAAGAGAGCCCUAAAAAAGCUUCUGUUGAUGUUCAACCUCAACCACCUGAGACCCCUGUAGAAGAGUCUCCUGUUGUUGAACAGCCUUUAAAAACUGAUGUGGUUACUAUGCAAGAGUUUCCUGUAGAAAAUAUGCCUGCUGAAGAUCCACUUCCACCUUCACAACAAACCCCUGCCGAUCAGGUUCUACUAAAAGAACAUCGAUUGUCCCAGGUAGCAGACACCUCAGAGAAAGAAUUAGAGUCUACUACUUUGACAGGUGAUAAAAAGCCUGAAGGAACAGAUUCUGUUCCUGAAGAUGUGUCUGGGCCUAAGGAUGAUCAGAUUUCCACUUUCAAAAUAGAAGGUACCAUUAAAAUAGAGUUAAAGAGCUCCACUUCCUGA